GCACACACAUAAAACCACCUCUUAACAGGCACCACUUGCUCUUACAACAAGCUAGCUUGCAGGACAGAGAGGAGGCAAUGAGCAGCGGGGUGUGGUUUCCUACACUGGGGCUGGCAGCCUGGCUCUGCUGCCUCAGUCUGGGGCCCGUUCAAGGGGGGAAGGUGCUGGUUAUGCCUGUUGAUGGGAGCCACUGGCUUAGCAUGAAGAUACUGGUGAAGGAGCUCAGCCGCAGGGGCCAUGAAGUUGUGGCGCUGGUGCCUGAAAGCAGCCUGUUGAUCAGCGGCUCGGACAGCUACAAGACUGAGAUUUACCAAGUGCCAUACACCAAAGCUGAACUGGAUGAAAAUUUCGAAGACUUGAAGGAUGGAGUGUUCCUCAAGCCACCAGCAAUCACAGAUAUGUUUAUCAAUGUGCAGCGUUUGAUUAACUUCACUUCGCUUCAGGUUAAAGGUUGUGAGAAUUUGCUAAACAACCAGCCUCUAAUGAGUCAACUGAGGAGUGGGGGUUUCGAUGUUGUGCUUACAGACCCCUUCCUUCCCUGCGGCCCCAUUCUGGCUCAUGACUUUUCCAUUCCAGCUAUUUAUUUUCUGCGUGGACUUCCAUGUGGGCUGGAUAUGAAGGCUAGCCAGUGCCCCUCUCCUCUUUCCUAUGUUCCUGUGUCCUUCUCUGGUAAUACGGAUAGGAUGACCUUCCCACAGAGAGUGAAAAACAUGAUCAUGUAUUUCUUGGAGUCCUACAUGUGCAGAAUAAUCUAUUUCCACUUUGACGAGCUGGUCAGCAGGUAUUUUGAAGACAACAUGACCUACAAGGAUCUUCUCAGUCAUGGUGCUAUCUGGCUUCUCAGAUAUGACUUUACUUUUGAAUGGCCCAAACCUCUCAUGCCAAACAUGGUUUUAAUUGGAGGUAUCAACUGUGCAAAGAAAGCUCCUCUGCCAGCGGACCUGGAGGAGUUUGUGGAAGGCUCAGGAGAUGACGGAUUUAUUGUCUUUACUCUUGGAUCAAUGGUGUCCAACAUGCCUGAAGAGAAGGCUAAACAGUUCUUUGAUGCCUUUCGUCAAAUUCCUCAAAGGGUUGUCUGGAGAUACACUGGAGUCUCACCUGGGGAUAUACCCAAGAACGUCAGGCUUAUGAAGUGGCUACCUCAGAACGAUCUCCUGGCCCAUCCCAAAGCUAAGGUCUUUAUCACUCAUGGAGGUACCCACGGCAUCUACGAGGGUAUCUGUAAUGCUGUGCCUAUGUUGAUGUUUCCACUGUUUGGGGACCAGGGAGAUAAUGUAAAUCACUUGGUGCGCCGCGGUGUUGCAGAGAAACUUAAUAUUUAUGAUGUGACAACUGAAAAACUAUUGGCUGCACUAAAUAAAAUCAUCCAUGAUAAGAGUUACAAAGAGAAGAUAGUCGAGUUGUCUGAGAUACACCUGGACCGUCCCGUUCAGCCUUUGGACCUGAGUGUUUUCUGGACCGAGUUUGUCAUGAGACACAAAGGCGCCUCACACCUGAGAGUAGCUGCACAUGAGUUGAACUGGUUUCAGUACUACAGCCUGGACAUCUUGUGCUUUUUUAUCAUCGUUCUCCUAACUGUUCUGUGGGUGACGCUGAAAUGCUGCUUGUUCUGCACCCGCAAAUGUUGUAGAAGGGGGACUGCCAAGAGAAAAUCAGAGUAGUGUUUUUAAUGCAGCAAUCAUAGGUGUUUAUAAAUUCUGUAAUGAAGUGAAUGAUGAAUGUGGAAAUACUGCAGUGAGAUUUCACACGAAUGUACUGUUUGUAUGUGUAAUGUGUGUAUAUGUGAAUGUUUGUAUAAUUCCACUCCAAGUGCCAUUAUUACAUUUGUAACAUGAUUAACUGAAGCCAUCAUUUAGAAAAGAAACUUCCAAGCAAAUAAAAUUUGUUUUUGGGGGG